CGGAAGCGCGGGCGGGAAGCGAUGGCGGCGGCGGUGUCGGCCCUCAGCAGUUUGGGGAUGCCCGAGGCCGAUGUUGGGAGCGAGGAGGAGGAGGAGGAGGAGGAGGUGGCAGAGCCCGGCCCGGUCGCGGCGGCGGCGGCGGAGCAGAGGCGGGAGGAGCGGCUGCGCCGGUUCCGGGAGCUCCACAUGAAGCGGUACGAGGCCUGCAAGCUGAACAGCCAGGAGGUGGUGGAGGAGGACAAGAGGCUGAAGCUGCCCCCGAACUGGGAGGCUAAAAAAGCUCGGCUGGAGUGGGAGCUGCAGGUGCAGGAGAAGAAGAAGGAGUGUGCAGCCAGGGGUGAGGACUACGAGCGGGUGAAGCUGCUGGAGAUCAGCGCCGAGGACGCCGAGAGGUGGGAGAGGAAGAAGAAGAAGAAAAACCCCGACCUGGGCUUCUCAGACUACGCGGCGGCGCAGCUGCGCCAGUACCAGCGGCUGACCCGGCAGAUCAAACCCGACCUGGAGCAGUAUGAGAAGCUCAAGGAGCAGCACGGGGAGGCCCUGUACCCCACCUCGGACAGCCUCCUGCACGGCACCCACGUGCCCUCCAAGGAAGGCGUGGACAGGAUGGUGGCAGACCUGGAGAAGCAGAUCGAGAAGAGGGAGAAGUACAGCCGCAGGCGGCCCUACAACGACGACGCCGACAUCGACUACAUCAACGAGAGGAACGCCAAGUUCAACCAGAAGGCCGAGAGGUUCUACGGGAAAUACACAGCCGAGAUCAAACAGAACCUGGAGAGGGGCACGGCCGUGUGAGCCUGCUUGGCACAGCUCAGCUCAAACUGAGCCUGGGCCCUGUGAGCCUGCCUGGCCCAGCUCAGCUCAAACUGAGCCUGGGCCCUGUGAGCCUGCCUGGCACAGCUCAGCUCAAACUGAUCCUGGGUCCUGUGAGCCUGCCUGGCACAGCUCAGCUCAAACUGAUCCUGGGUCCUGUGAGCCUGCCUGGCACAGCUCAGCUCAAACUGAUCCUGGGUCCUGUGAGCCUGCCUGGCCCAGCUCACUCCUGCCUCCUCUGUUGCCAUUUUCCAUUUUAAAUUGUAUCAAAAGUAGAUUUUUAGCUGUUGCUCUCUCAGCUCCAUGGUGUUCAGUGCACUGAACACUUUGCAGAGUUCAGCUGUAAACAGCUUUGGCUGCAGGAGUAGCCAGGUUCUGCCUUCCAUGCUCUAAAUAAACUCUUUGGUCUAA